AUGAGGAGCACGCAGCAGCCUCUUCACGUGGCCACGCCGCUGCGGCAGAGCCUGGCUCUGUCUAAAGUGGCCGGCACGUCGGUGUACCUGAAGCUGGACUCCUCUCAGCCCACCGGAUCCUUCAAGAUACGAGGCAUCGGACACCUCUGUAAGACGUGGGCCGAGCGGGGCUGUGAGCGCUUUGUCUGCUGCUCAGGAGGGAACGCCGGCAUGGCCGCCGCCUAUUCCGCGCGUCAACUUGGGGUUCCCGCCACGAUCGUGGUGCCCAGCGUGACGCCAAAUCUGACCGUGGAGAGGCUGAAGGACGAGGGAGCCUCCGUGAUCAUCCACGGCCAGGCUCUGAAUGAGAGUAUUGAAUAUGGACAUCAGCUUGUGGCGAACAACCCGGGCUGGAUUUUCAUCUCACCAUUUGAUGACCCCCUCAUCUGGGAGGGCCACACGUCUCUGGUGAGGGAGCUGGAGCUGGACAUGAAGGAGAAGCCUGGAGCCAUGGUGCUGUCCGUCGGAGGGGGCGGGCUUCUGAACGGCGUGGUGGAGGGUCUGCGGCGGGCCGGCUGGGCUGAUGUGCCCAUCGUCGCCAUGGAGACCAUCGGAGCCCACAGCCUGAAGGCAGCCGUGACGGCGGGGCGGCUGGUGACGCUCCCGGCCAUCACCAGCGUGGCCACCACUCUGGGUCUGACGCGGGUCUCAGCUCAGACUCUCAAACUGGUCCAGGAGCACAGGGUUUUCUCUGAGACCGUCACAGACCAGCAGGCCGUGAAGGCCCUCGAGUGCUUUGUCGAUGAUGAGAAGAUUCUGGUGGAACCGGCCUGCGGCGCCGCUCUGUCCGCCGUCUACAGCGGCGUCAUCAAGCGUCUGCAGGAGGAGGGCAAGCUGGAGCGGCGUCUGGGGCCGGUGGUCAUCGUGGUGUGCGGGGGCAACAACAUCAGCAUGGAGCAGCUCAGGAGGCUGAAGAAGCAGCUGGGCAUGUUGUGACGCCGGAGCUGCCGCUGCUGCCGCUGACCCGAUCAUUCCAAGAGACA